UCCGGGCGGGGCGGGCGAAGCGGCGGCGGUGUUGGGGAGGACGCGGAGGAGGCGAUCGCGAUCCCUGUCCCGCCCCCCCCCGCGCGGCGGCAGGUGGGAGGCUCCGCGUUGGCAAGCUUUUUUCUUCCUGCCUUUCCGCGGCGAACGUUGGGAGGCAAAAAGAGCCGAAGAGGCCGGGAGGGAGAAGGGGGCGGGGAGACGGCGAGGGAGCGGCGGGUGUCGGUGCGGGAAGGCGGGGACGCGGUUCCCCCGGCCCGACCUCGGACCAUGUACCAGGACUACCCCGGGAACUUCGACACCUCCUCCAGAGGCAGCAGCGGCUCCCCGGGACAUCCCGAGAACUACUCCAGCGGCGCAGCCCAGCAGAAAUUUCGAGUAGAUAUGCCAGGAUCAGGCAGUGCUUUUAUCCCUACAAUCAACGCCAUCACAACCAGCCAAGACCUGCAGUGGAUGGUCCAGCCCACUGUCAUCACCUCCAUGUCAAGCCCUUACUCUCGCUCGCACCCAUACAGCCAUCCACUGCCGCCACUGUCUUCGGUAGCCGGACACACAGCCCUCCAGCGACCCGGUGUGAUCAAAACUAUCGGGACCACAGUGGGCCGGAGACGAAGAGAUGAGCAGCUGUCGCCUGAGGAAGAAGAGAAGCGAAGGAUCCGGAGAGAGAGGAACAAGCUGGCAGCUGCUAAGUGUCGUAACAGGCGUCGGGAGCUAACAGAGAAACUCCAGGCGGAAACUGAAGUGUUGGAGGAGGAGAAGUCAGUGCUGCAAAAGGAGAUUGCUGAGCUCCAGAAGGAGAAGGAGAAGCUGGAGUUUAUGCUGGUGGCUCACAGCCCUGUGUGCAAAAUCAGCCCUGAGGAGCGUCGGAGCCCACCAUCCAGCAGCCUCCAGAGUGUUAGGACUGGAGCAAGUGGAGCGGUGGUUGUGAAACAGGAGCCUGUGGAGGAAGAGAUCCCAUCUUCUUCUUUGGUCCUUGACAAAGCCCAGAGGUCUGUCAUUAAGCCCAUCAGCAUUGCUGGAGGCUUUUAUGGGGAGGAGGCACUCAACACUCCCAUUGUGGUGACCUCAACACCAGCCAUCACUCCUGGGUCCUCCAACUUGGUGUUCACCUACCCUAAUGUGUUGGAUCAGGAGUCUCCUCUCUCUCCAUCUGAGUCCUGCUCCAAAGCUCACCGGAGGAGCAGCAGCAGCGGUGACCAGUCCUCAGAUUCCUUGAACUCUCCCACCUUGCUGGCAUUGUAAUUCCCCUGUGGCCCCCCAUUUUGCCAGUGUGUUGCAUCCCCUACCAGAACCAUGGGGGAGCCCCCCUCCAUGGGAUUAGAGACAGGCACAGGAUCGUUCAAGCACAAGGGCAGCAAGAACAAGGAUGGGGAAGUGCUGCAGCUCCAGGAAGGAGAGCGAGGACCAACACCAGCUCCCUGGAGGCAGGAAACGGCAAGGGUGGGACUGAUGUGCCAAGACUGUUUGGAAAGGGUGAUGUUGCCUCUGUAGGGACUGCCUAUGGAAACCUCUUCAUGGCUGUAGUGGACUUGGGGAGCGCUCUUGGCCUUAAGUAAAGACAAGAUGCCGACAGUUGCUAGUCGUCCCUUUCCUUUGUGAAUUGAUCUGAUCAAUUGUGCUCUGUGCUUAGAUCAUUCUGGUUGAUCUUACAGCUUCUCUCAUUCCCUUUCUCUCUCUGUGCUUAUCAUUUCCAAUGUUGUCAAUCCCAUGACAUUUCAUCCAGUUGGUCUGAACUCUACAGGCUUGUUAGGAUCUUUCCUCUUGGGACAGGCUGUGGGAAACGUGUAGGGCUGCCAAGGCAGGAGUGGGAGAUGGCUAGGAGGUCCAAGAAAGGGGUGACCAAAAGGAGCUUGAGGGCUUCAUAACUCUGUCCUGGGGCACUGAGGCAGCAGGAGAGUCACAUGGAAGUCUUUUUAAAAAUGUAGAUUUAUUUAUCCUCUUAGGCUCCUCCAAAACCAAGUUAGCAUCUCAGGGCCAAAGCAGAAUCAGAAAAGCUGCUGGAGUGGCACUUACCAGUGUCUGGCAGGGUUUUACCACAGUUUGGUGGAUAUCUAAUCUGCUGCAUGUUGUUUACUUUUCCUGGGCUGCCUGCUGUAGCAGGAGUAUUGCAUCUUUCUCCCCAUCAGGGCUUCUGACUCAGAGGCUGAUCUCUUCCUGUCAGUAAAUCCUCCCCUCCUCUUGGCUGUAUUUGCAGAACAUGCUACCAAAAAAGAGGUGGCACCAUGUUCCUAUAGAUCUAGGAUGGAGAGUGGCAGUGGUUAAGAGGGUGAAACUAGUAGGCUGCACGCUUCCUGGCUUUUUGAUUGCUGGGAAACAAGCAUCAUACAUCCACCACUUGAUACUAGUGGGUGUUGUUUGGUCAGAGAUUCUCAGUUUCCAAGGUUGAGGGGAAGGCAGUGGUCCAACCUCCAGCACAGCACAAGCCACAGGGUGCUCCUGACUAGUCAGGAAUGGCAUGGCUGAAGUGAUGACCUUUCUGCAGUAGAACAGAGCUUCUGAUAACCUCUGGUUAUGAAUGACAAAUUGUGUCAGCAAAGAAAAUUGACUUCCAUUAUUUGCACCUCAGUCUUUGGCUUUUAUUUUUUGUUCUGUUGUUUUAUGGUGGGUUUGUUUGGUUUGGUUUUGUUUGGUUUGGUUUUUUGGUGUGGUGUUGGUGGUGGGGUUUUUUUGCAUUGUAAUUGAUUUAGUUUUUAUGGGGUUCAUUGGCCUGAAAACAAAAAAGAAAUCAGAGUGCUCUUCUCCUAGCCCUGGGUCUUCUCCAGCCUAUGGGUUUGGCUGCUGCUACUAAGUGCUCCAAGAGGGCACAAACUCUCCAGUGCUGAUGUUGUCUACUGAAAGCAGUGAUGUCUGUAACCUAGUCCCACUUGGACCCGAGCUCAAUUCCUGUUAAUAUCAACACAGCUUGCCAGCUAAGCAACUUAGGAGACAGUUCUUUGGUUCUUCCUGUUGAAGUUGUGAUGGCAGCUAUUUAUCUUGGUGUGAGAUUUUCUUUUUUUGCUUCUACUCAACUGAAACCAGGGUGUUUCUUGGUCAGGCUGGACCUGGAGAAAUGUGAUAUGACAUAAGACUAAUCCUGUGAGAUGAUACACUGCUGGAGUCCCCACUAACUCCACUGGAUGUUUACUCAGCAGGGCUGGCUUCCCUGAAACCCUGGCUACUGCCCAUUCCUUGAAUCAUUUCAAAGGGACAUUACUUUAGUUCUAAAGGUAGUCUUUGCUUUUUUUGUUAUUACUAUUAUUUUUAAACCUAGUUAUUUGGCAAACCUGCCAGAAAGAGAAAGGAUUGAUCUUUGUGUUUCAUAAAGCUGAUUAAUAGUCAAGCUUUUUCUUUCUUGCUUAAACAUUUCCAUCACUGCCUCAGUACCAGAGGUUUCAAAUUGAGCUUACACAAGAAGUAACGUUGAUAAAGGAGUUCUUGUCCUUACAUGAAGACCAAACCUUCCUUUCUAAUCAAGCAGAUUUUAAACUUCUGUAGUUAGCACGGGGGGGAUCCUAUUUCCGUAGGGUUUUAUGUAGAUGCUACCACUUUAGGUGAAACUGCUGCUUCUCUGUCUCCAUUUUACCAGAUGCUUGUUUGAACCAAAGUGGAUUGAGAAUCUAAACCUUUCCAAUAAAGUGUCCCUGCAUGUAAUUUCUGCCCAUUUCUGAGCAGAAUGCAGCAUUGACAAGUGAUGAAUUCUAAGGUGAUGCAGCUACCAGAUGAUCAGGAUGAUUGCGUCUCAGGAGAUCAGAAGCACUCCUCCUAUGGUUUUCAGGAAGUCAGGUUCCUCAUCAAGCCUGAGUAAGUCUAACUCUUGAUGAAACAACAAAAACAUACCUUUGCUCUUGCUAACUGGAAUCGCUGCCAAAAAGAGCUGUAGCUGGUCAUUGCCCACUGCCUUGUUAUUGACCUUCUCAAAGACACGAGAGGACAGUCCCCUUUCCUGUUCUGUGAUACUGGUGGGAGCCUUGUGAAGCUGCCUAAACAAGAGGAUUAUUUUUCUACUAUCUGGAAAAAGCCCUAGGCACCUUGUGCCUGCUUGUUUCAUCCCUCAGAUCUCUCAGAGGAUGUCUGUGUUGGCAUCACUGGUGUCUUGCCUUCUGUAUUUUGUAGAUGAGUCUUACUUUACUUGCUGGCAGACAGGUACAACUUGAUCUCUGUCAUUGCUUUGGUUUGGCCCAGGUUUACUGAAGUGCAUUUUGG